AUGUCCCAGCCGAUUCCCCAGCCGUCGGGCGUGCCCAUCCUGGGCAACGUCUUCGACAUCCAGCCCAGCAACACGUGGGCGUCGCUGAAGAAGCUGUCGGAGCAGUACGGCGAGAUCUUCCAGGUCAAGGUCUUUGGCCACACCAUUGUCUUUGUCGCGAGCGUCGCCCUCGCGCAGGAGAUAUGCGACGAGAAGCGCUUCCGCAAGUACGUCGGCGGGCCGGUCGUCGAGAUCCGGGACGCCGUUCACGAUGCCUUGUUCACUGCGUACGAUGAGGAGGCGAGCUGGGGCAUCGCGCACCGCAUCAUUGCGCCGAAGUUGCAGCCGAACGAGCUGGCGCUGCGAUUCGACGAGAUGCGGGACACUGCGUAUGAGCUGUUUGACCUGUGGAAGGGGGCGGGCAAGCCCGUGUCUCCGUUCAAGGACCUCGGCAGGCUGAACCUCGAGGCAACGACCUUUACGCUCUACGGGAUGCGGCUCAACUGCCUGAGUGGGCCGGAGCAUCCCAUGCUCAAGGCUAUGGAGGACUCAACUGCUGAAGCCGUGAUGCGACCUACGCGGCCGGGGAUCCUCAACACGCUCCUGUAUAGGGGCAAGUGGAAGUCGGCCAUCAAGACGAUGCGCGCCUACGCCGCAGACGUGGUCAAGUACCGCAAGGACCACCCGACCGACCGCCAAGACGUCCUCACCGCGAUGAUGAACGCAACAGACCCCGAGACAGGCAAGGCCCUGACCGAAUCACAAGUCAUCGACGAGGUCGUCUCCAUGCCCAUCGGCAGCAGCACCGCCCCCUGCCUCCUCGCCACCGCCAUCUUCCUCCUGCUCACGAACCCCGAAAACAUCACCAAGGCGCGCCAGGAGCUCGACACGGUCGUCGGCCCCGGCGGCGAGUUCAAGCACGCGCACCUCGACCAGCUCACGUUUGUGCAGGGCAUCCUGCGCGAGUCGCUGCGCCUGUCCUUUGCGGCGCCGGGCUUCAACAUCGAGCCCAUCCCCAGCAAGGACAAGGAUAAUAAGGCGCCGGUGCUGCUCGCGGGCGGCAAGUACCAGGUGGCGCACAACCAGCCCAUGAUCAUCGUCAUGGCGGGCGUGAACCGCGACCCGGCCGUGUUCGAGGACCCGCUGGCGUUUAGGCCCGAGCGCAUGGUCGGCGAGGCGUUUGAGCGGCUGCCGCCGGGGGCGAAGAAGUGGUUCGGCAACGGGAAGAGGGAGUGCAUCGGCAAGCAUUACGCCUGGCAGUGGAGUCUGCUCGUGUUGGCGAUGAUGCUGCGGGAUCUGGACUUUGAGAUGGAGAAUCCGGAUUAUAAGCUGGAGCAGGAUGGGUGGUUCAACUAUCGGCCGAUUGGAUUUAAUGUCAGGGUCAAGGCGAGGGUGGCUUGA